AUGUGGUUUAUUGUUGGAAAUCUGGUCAACCAAUUACAGAGUGUGAAAGCAAGUCGGGAUUCCCGAGUUCUGUCUUUAGUCACUGACGUGCUGUGUGACAUGAAGUCGGGUAGCUGUCUCUUGCAGCUGGGCAAUGGUGUGAACUUAAUGGAUCCAAGCUUCCAGCAAAAACUGGAGGGUGAGAAGGAACUACUUCGCCGCGCGAUACAGAAAGAACUGAAGAUUAAAGAGGGAGCAGAAAACCUGCGCAAAGCAACAACAGACAGAAAGAAUCUUGUUCAUAUUGAGCAUGUGCUUAAAUCUUCCAACCGAAAACUGGAGCAACUGCAUUGGGAACUUCAGGAGCUUAAUGCAAGGAUUGUAAUAACAGACAAAGAGGAGAGUAAGACAGAUGGAUCUGUAUCUCCAGAUCCGUGUCUCUGGGAAAGAAACCCAGACCCCAUGGCAAGGAAGGUUGAAGCUCUGAAAAAGCAGUUGCAUGUUGAAAUGAAAGUGAGGCAAGGAGCUGAGAACAUGAUCCAAAUGUAUUCAACAUCCAAGGAGCGAAAGCUGCUGGCUACAGCUCAGCAGAUGCUUCAGGACAGCAAGACAAAGAUUGAAAUAAUCCGCAUGCACAUUGUGAAAGUGUCUCAGUCGGCAGGAGAGAUGGAAGAUACAGUGGAUCCAGCAGUGAGGAUGGGGACCAGCAUCAAUGCUUUGGAGCUGCGUAUUGAGGAGCUGAGACAUCACCUGCGCAUUGAAGCUGCUGUAGCUGAGGGGGCAAAAAACGUGCUGAAGAUCCUAGGAGGGAGUCGAGUACAGGAUCGCAAGUUUUUGGCGGAGGCUCAGGGUCGUUUGCAAGAGUCCUCUCAGAAGAUUGACCUGCUGCGCUUGUCCUUGGAACAUCAGCUUAGUGAGCUUUCUCCUGAUCACCCAAAAAGAGCACUCAUCAAGCAGGAACUCGUAAAUACUUCCUCCCUGGGAGCUCAGCAUGGCAGCAUCCAACCCACUUCAGUCAUCAAACCUACAGCCCUUACAGGAACGUUGGAAGUGAGACUGAUGGGGUGUCAGGAUCUAUUGGAAAACGUUCCAGGACGUUCCCGAAUGACUAGUUCUUCUCCCAUCUGUGGCAGCCCAAGUGAUUUGAGGUCCCUUACCCGAACACGAGUUGGCCUGGGUAUCCAUGGCCGUAAUGUUGCAGGAAAAUACCUGCGGAAUGAAGAGCCAUGUAAUGAGGUCCUUGCUGUGCUCAAAGUGGACAAUAAAGUGGUUGGCCAAACAAAUUGGGGACCAGUUAAUAACCAGGCAUGGGACCAGAGUUUUGUCAUUGAGCUGGACCGGUCUCGUGAGCUAGAAAUUGCAAUUUAUUGGAGAGACUGGAGAGAACUAUGUGCAGUGAAGUUUUUACGUUUGGAUGAUUUCCUUGAUAAUGAACGUCAUGGGAUGUGCCUCUCGCUCGAACCACAAGGAAUGCUUUUUGCAGAGGUUAUGUUCUGUAAUCCUGUCAUUGAGAGAAAGCCAAAACUGCAGCGACAGAAACGCAUUUUCCCCAAACAGAAAGGCAAGGAAUUUCUCCGAGCUCCUCAAAUGAACAUAAAUGUUGCUGCUUGGGGUCGCCUAAUGAUGAGUUUCCUUCCUCCGUGUAGUUCUUUGAGCACUUUGAGUCCCCCACUUCAUGAUCCCAUUCACACAGACUUCUCUCCAGUUCCCCGACAAAGUCAUGUUGAUUCAAUGUCCAACCUGAGUGGUGACUUCCCUGUGGCUAAGCUUACAUUUGCUGAUGAAGCACCACCCAAGCCUCCACGCCUUUAUCUGAUGACCAGCUCCAAAGAAUCAACACCAUCUCCUGCAGAUUCUCCGUGUCUGAAGAGGCUGCAUAUUGAGGAGAAGUCUUGCAACUCUGUUCUAACAGAAUUUCCAAUCCAGGCAUCUCCAAGGAUAAGGACAGUUCAGCUUGAGGAUUUUCACUGCAUCGCUAUGUUGGGGCGUGGCCACUUUGGGAAGGUACUGCUGGCCCAGUACAAGCCAACUGGGAAGCUGUAUGCUAUCAAAGCCUUGAAAAAAAAAGAUAUUAUUAGGAGAGAUGAAAUUGAUAGCUUGAACUGUGAGAAGCGAAUAUUUGAAGUGGUCAAUUCUUCUGAUCAUCCAUUCCUUGUGAACAUGUUUGCAUGUUUCCAGACACCUCAUCAUGCUUGUUUUGUGAUGGAAUAUACUCCAGGUGGUGAUCUUAUGAUGCGCAUACAUGAAGAUGUCUUUCCAGAGCCGAUGGCACAGUUUUAUACAGCCUGCGUAGUCUUGGGGCUCCAGUUCUUGCAUGAGAAGAAAAUUGUUUAUAGGGACCUGAAAUUGGAUAAUCUGCUUUUAGAUGCUGAAGGAUUUGUGAAGAUUGCAGAUUUUGGAUUGUGUAAGGAAGGAAUAGGUUUUGGAGACCGCACAAACACCUUCUGUGGCACUCCUGAAUUUCUGGCUCCAGAAGUCCUGACAGACAUCUCGUACACUCGGGCAGUGGACUGGUGGGGAUUGGGUGUACUCAUUUAUGAGAUGCUUGUUGGUGAGUCACCUUUCCCUGGAGAUGAUGAGGAAGAAGUCUUUGACAGUAUUGUCAACGAUGAAGUCCGGUAUCCACGAUUCCUUUCAUCUGAGGCACUUUCCAUAAUCCGUAAGCUUCUUCGGAAGUGUCCAGAGCGUAGACUGGGAGCAGGGGAAAAAGAUGCAGAAGAGAUUAAAAUCCAGGCCUUUUUUAAGGAAAUUGAUUGGGAUGCCUUGUUUGCCAGGACUCUGAAGCCCCCUUUUGUGCCUACUUUAAGAGAUCCGACUGACAUUAGCAACUUUGAUGAAGAGUUUACAUCACAAAAGCCAAUCCUUACUCCUCCAGAGGAGGUUGCUCUCCUAACCCGUAAGGAGCAGACUGUCUUCAAGGACUUUGACUUUGUCUCCAGACACCUUUUAGAUGUUUGAUUCCUGUGCUAUAAGAAACGUGAACAGAUUGUUACCACCUUGAGAGAGUAUAGAGAGAGGACUUGGCAUGGGCAGUGGAAAAGUCAACAGAAUUCGUAGGACUGUUAGUGCUGAUGACCCCAGGAAGAGAGUGCCCUGCAAGCUGAGUUAACCUACUGUGGUUAUUUCAGCCU